AUGUCUGAGAAGAAGGAUCACAUCUCCAGCCAGGUGGACGAGGUCGACCUCAGCAAGACCACCACCGGCGAGCUCGCCACCGCUGUUCACGAUGCGACGCAAGGAGAACACGAACUCAGCAUCCGCGAGGCCAUUCGCCAAUACAAGUCCGCACUGUUCUGGUCUCUUGUAAUGAGCACCACGGUCAUCAUGGAAGGCUACGACACCAAUCUGCUCUCCAACUUCUUCGCCUACCCAAGUUUCCUCAUCCGCUACGGCCAGUGGGUCGGAAUCACCCCGCAGACACCAGUCGGCUACCAGUUGACUGCUGAAUGGCAAGCUGGUUUGUCCCAAGGUGGUGGCGCUGGCUCCAUCAUUGGCUGUCUCCUCGCAGGUGUCAUCGUCUCUCGCUACGGUUCCAAGAAGGCUGUUCUCGGCGCACUCAUCGCACUGUCUCUGGCCGUCUUCGUCGUUUUCUUCGCUCCCAACUUGCCUGUCCUCGUGCUCGGAGAAGUCCUUUGCGGUCUGCCAUGGGGUAUGCUCGCCACUACCGCUCCAGCUUACGCUUCAGAAAUCCUGCCAACAGCUCUGCGAACUUAUAUGACCUCGUACACCAACAUGUGCUUCAUCUUGGGUCAGCUCAUUUCCGCCGGUGUCCUCAAAGGUCUGUCGACUCGCACCGAUGAGUGGGGAUACAAGAUUCCUUUCGCGCUCCAGUGGGUGUGGCCAGCUUUCCUCAUCCCUCUGAUCUACAUGGCACCUGAAUCUCCAUGGUACCUCGCCCGUAUGAACCGCAUGGACGACGCCCUCGCCUCUCUCAAGCGCCUCCAAUCAAAGGACUCCACCAUGGACCCCAACAAGACCCUCGCCACAAUCGUCUACACCAACAACCUCGAGAAGCAACUCUCCGUCGGAACCCGCUACAUCGACUGCUUCAAGGGCACCGAGCUCCGCCGCACCGAAAUCGCCUGCUUGUGCUUCGCCGGUCAAAUCCUCUGCGGUAUCUGCUUCGCCUACAACUCCUCCUACUUCUUCUCCCAAGUCGGCCUCGGUACAUCCGCAACUUACUCCCUCGCUCUCGGCGGCACAGGCCUCGCCUUCGUCGGCUGCCUCGUAAACUGGAUCUUCCUGAUGCCCAACUUCGGCCGCCGAACAAUCUACGUCGCGGGUAUGGGUGGCAUGUGCUUCAUUCUGAUCCUCAUCGGUGUCCUCAGUGUCUGGACCAACACCAACGACGGAGUCGCCAUGGCCCAAGCAGUUCUCACCCUCGGUUGGACUUUCAUCUUCCAACUCUCAGCAGGUCAGCUAGGUUGGGCCCUCCCCGCCGAAAUGGGCUCCACUCGUCUCCGCCAAAAGACCAUUUGCCUCGCCAGAGAUUCGAGCAACAUCGCCGGUCUCAUCGGUGGAACUCUCCAGCAAUUCAUGAUGAACCCUCAAGCCUGGAACCUCCGAGGUUAUACUUCUUUCGUGUGGGCUACGACUUGCUUUGGCAUGUUUGUGUGGUCUUAUUUCCGUCUUCCAGAGACUUGGAACAGGACUUAUCACGAGUUGGACAUCCUUUUCGCGAAGAAGGUUACUGCGAGGAAGUUCGCGAGCACGGUUGCGGAUCCUUUUGAGAUUGGCAGCAGUGAUGAUUUGGUCGCGGAGGCUUCGAAGGAGGCUGCACGAGAGGCGGUCAGGUCCGGGUCGGUUUCUGUGCCGAAGCAGGAGGUUUAG